AAUGAUUUUGACCUAUGUUUUGCGAAUUCUGAUCCCAAGUCGAUAUUACAAGCAGCAGUUUACGUGUUUGGAACCAUAAGGCGUCCACUUCACAGCUAUUUUUUUAUCUAAAUCUCAACUUAUGAAGAGUUUUGCAAAUUUCGAAAGCAAAAAAAUGGAUUCUUCUGCAAAAGAUGCGCUCCGAAAGAUGGAAAUUGAACUAAGCCUCUUGUAUGAGGUUCUCCACACCAAGUUUCCUGUGGUUAUUUCCAAGAUUGGAUACAUCUGCUGCGGCUUGAACUUCGGUUGCAUCUUGGGAGCCAUGUUGUCAUUCUCAUUAGUCAAGAAGCAUUAUGAGCUGGAGGCGUUUGACGCUUGCCUAACGCCCGGAUUGUUGAUCGGGCCUUGGCAUUGCAUUUCAUUUCUAUUAUAUUACUUGUUUCCUCCGAUUGGUUUUUUGUUGCUUACUUCCAUAAUAAUGGAUCCAACAGAUUCGUUGAUGAUGAUGGUUUCAUCAACAGGCGAAGGUGGUCUAAAGCAGUUCCCCAGUUAAAUUUUAUUACUUAUAGUGUCAAGGACCAUCCAAAUUGGUUGAAAAAAUUGGCUACUUUUCUUCCUGUGAGGAGUUUGUUGGAAGUCAUAAAAGGAAUUCAAUGUC